CGCCCCGCCCGGGCGGCCGCGGCUCAUUCGGAGAAUGGCUGCGGCCACGGCGUGCGGCUCCCCGCCUCCCCGCCCGCCCCGCGAGCAGCCGCCGCCGCGCAAGCGGGGCGACUCCCGGCGGCGGCAGGCCGCCCUCUUCUUCCUCAACAACAUCUCCCUGGACGGGCGGCCGCCCUGCCCGCCCGCCGAGAAGCCGCCGCUGCCCGCCGGCCCGGGCGACGGGGAAGAGGCGGCGGCGGAGCCGGCCGGAGCCCCCCCGCGCCUGCUGCCCCCGCCGCCCGUAUGCCAGCCGCCGCCCGCCCUGCUCCUGCCCGGCGUGCCCGCGCUCGCCGCCGCCGGAGCCAAGGGGGAUGCGGACCCCGCCCGCGGGGGCAUCUUCCUGCCGCAGCUGCUGCUGGGCGGCCCGCUGUGCCCGCCGCCCCCGGCGCCGCCCGCCCUGCCGGGGAUGCUGGCGGCCCCCAAGCCGGGCGCCCCGGGGCUGCUGAGCCCCACGCAGAGCGCGGCGGGCGGCGGCUUCGCUCUGGAGGCGCAGCGGCAGAGAAGGCGUUUUAUCUCCCAGCGCUGCUCUCUAGACUUUUUAGAAGACAUAGUGGAAUAUGCCAGUGUACGAAGAACCAAGCACAUAUCUGGGUCUCCAAGACACAAAAGCUUGAAGAAGAUGCACUUCAUCAAGAACAUGAGGCAGUAUGACACCAAGAACAGCAGGAUAGUGUUGAUCUGUGCUAAACGAACGCUGUGUGUGGCGUUUUCUAUCCUGCCUUACGGCGAGGGGCUGCGGAUCAGUGAUCUGAAAAUGGAGGGACAGAAACAGCGACAUCCUUCUGGGGGAGUUUCAGUAUCUACUGAGAUGGUGCUUGGACUGGAAGGAGUAGAGCUGGGUGCUGAUGGCAAGGUUGUGUCCUAUGCAAAAUUCUUGUACCCGACCAACGCUCUGGUUGUUCGCAAAGCCGACGCCUACGGUGCUGCUCCCCCCUGUCGAGCCAGUGCUCCCCGGAGUCUUCCUGGAUCAAGAUACAAACCUGUGACAGCAAAAACAAUACCAGCAGGGACAGACAUUGGAAGUGAAGCUGGAGAAGCUGCAGAGUAUGAUCCAAAUCUUCUGGAUGAUCCUCAGUGGCCCUGUGGAAAACAUAAACGUGUUCUCAUCUUUGCCUCCUACAUGACUACAGUCAUAGAGUAUGUGAAACCCUCAGACCUUAAAAAGGAUAUGAAUGAAACCUUUAGAGAGAAGUUUCCUCAUAUCAAGUUGACACUGAGCAAAAUUAGGAGUUUAAAGAGAGAGAUGAGAAACCUGAGUGAGGAAUGCAGUCUGGAGCCCGUGACUGUCUCCAUGGCUUACGUUUACUUUGAGAAGCUCGUCCUCCAAGGCAAACUCAACAAACAGAACCGCAAACUGUGCGCUGGUGCUUGUGUUCUGCUCGCAGCCAAGAUCAGCAGUGACCUCAGGAAACAUGAAGUGAAACACCUAAUAGAUAAACUAGAAGAGAGAUUCAGAUUCAACAGAAGGGAUCUCAUUGGUUUUGAAUUCACCGUCCUCGUGGCUUUGGAACUGGCUCUGUAUCUCCCUGAAAACCAAGUUUUACCUCACUACAGACGGCUCACACAACAGUCUUAACCAAAGCUCCAUCCCAGCUGGCAUCCAGCUGUGCUGGGAUCCCACCCCAGGAUGCUGCCUGUGGAGGUGCCACUGGCUCCAGCUCGUUGGGAAGGCUGCAGGGUGAUGGGAACUGUGAGGUCUGUGACACAGAUGCCAAAUCUGGGGCAUGGUACGAGAAGAGUUACUGAACUUUUGUUUUCUUUUGGACAUUUAAAGCACAAAUAUUCACCAGUCAGCUGUCAUGGCUGCUUAUUAUUCUUAUUUAUCUUCCUGGUUUUACUAAAACUGUUCUUCCCUAUGAAGAAUACUAUGGUAUUGGUUCUUUUGUUUUGUUUUGUUUUAAGCCUUUAUUGUAUUCCUUGAAACUGAAGGAACAUCACUUCCAUUCCAGUGCACCAUAAAAUUCAGAUGUUUCUAAGAGCCUUCUCACAUUUUUACAUUAAUGAAAUGCAUACUUUAUUUUUUUAAAGAUGUGCCUAAAACUGGCUGGUCUGGUACCAGUGCUUUUUAAGUUAGUUCUGUUAUUUAGUGGGGAAUCCUGAAUUUGUAUAGCCGUUUAUUCUUUACCUGCAUUGGCCUUGCAUACAAGGAAAACAAUUCCAGUAUAUCUGCACUAAUAAUAUACAGGGCAUCUAUUCUAUGAUCUAUAAGUAGCAAGACUGAAAUUACUCCAUUUCAAUUUAUUUACUAUAAAUAACUUUAAAAUAUACAUUUUGCUUUAGAAGGAAAAUUGGUUUGAAAACCUGUCAUGAAGUACCACACAUUGAGUGAGGUAGCUGGGAAGUGAUUGCCGUCCUGAUUCACUCUUGAGUGGAAGAUGAGCACUUGACUAAGAGCAAUUUGCUGUCAAAUGUGUAAUUUAGGGGUUUUAUUUGUUUCUCUCUGUUCUGUAGCCUGAAAUAAGCACCUUUUUUAGGAUUGACUGUAUUUUAGAUGGUCUUAUCUGAGCAAAUAUGAAGCCAGUAGAGUUACUGCUGCCAACCGAGGCCAAUGAAACAAAGCAUGCUCGGUAUUUAAAAUGCUACUUUUUUUACUCUCUGUUCUUCCAAGCGUUGCAUCACUGUGAUGGUCCUCAUAAAACUGGCAUUUCUUGCACAUCUGAGCAGCCACUACUGGCUGGUGCCCAGCAGCUCUCUAGUGCAUACACAGAGCUCAAAUAACUUCUCUUCCUGUUGGCUCAUUCCUUCCUUUAUUUUUACAGUAUCCAGGUUGGGAAUGAAUUCUUGAUUAUCCGUGGAACCUUCUGUGGUAUUGGCUCAUGGGUUCAUUUUCUGAAGCAAUAUUAUGAUACAAGUUACUGGGUCCCUUUGCAAGGAACAAAACUGAUACUUGGUUAUUCCAGCUGAGGAAGUUGUAAUUGAGGUUUGACUCAUAAACUGCCAGACCUCAUGCUGAGGUCAGGGACUUGCUAUCCAACAUGUAAGUAAUGUAAAUUCCUGUUCCUUGUAUUAAAUAUUGGUGGUAGCCAAAACCAAAGCUGAAUCCUUGCUCUUCAGCUGUGUUUUGUCUGAAGCUAAUUUGGCUUCAUUAGAAUUGCAGCAACCUUUACUGGAGCCCCUUCCUCUCAGAGUGGGGCUCAAAGUGUAUUUUUCAUAUAUAAUAAUUACAGUGACUAUCAAACUUUUUGUAACUGUGUUCAGCUGUAUGUAGCUUCAAAUUAUUUGUGUGAAAUUUAAUAUGCUUGUGAUUUCUCUUAACACAGAAGGACUUUCCAGUCUCCAGAAGUGAGAUGUAGCUAAUAGUUUAGACAAUAAGCUUGCCAGAUAUCUUCCAGAAUGUUUUAAAAAAUUGCCUACUAGUUAAACUUUCUACUGAAUAUAACUGUCCUUGCAUGCAGAAAUAGUGAUGUACUAAACAUCUAGUGUGUAAUGAGCCUCCAAUUAGCAAACAGUGGUGCAGACAGCUCAGGUGGUCCACCACUUCCCAAGGCAUUGUGGAGGGGCCAGAGGUACAACAGAGCAAAGAAAUUUCUCACAGAACAGCUUGAUUAGUAUGAAUGAGAUCUGAAGGUGUCUUUCUCUGGGAACUUCUUUAUUUAGUGUAUAAAGAGUUUUCUGUAACAAAGUUAACUUUCCUUUCUCACCAUCCAAGGAACAAAAGGCACUUUGGUUUGCAACACUUUGCAGUCUGUAUUCAGUGGAAGUUUGUCUAGUUCAGGUGGCCAUUUGGGCUGUAAUUACACUCCCAGAAUCCGUGGGUUUACGUCAUAAAACCGGCAAGCUUUUGUUUCCUUCCAGGAGAACAAAUUGGGAUAAAGGAGCAUUAAAUUACAGAAAGCUGAAUGUUGUCUGAUAGUUAUUGUAGCCCUUGGCUUGGGCACACACUCGAGCUGGGAAGCCAGGGGUGAUGCAGGGCAGUGCCAGCCUUGCGUGGCAGAGCUUGGGGUGGUGCUGCCAGAGCCUGGGGCUUGUGCAGGAGCAUGUGUGUGUGCAGGGACAGCCAGGGAUGAUGCGGGGACAGCCAGGGAUGAUGCGGGGACAGCCAGGGAUGAUGCAGGGACAGCCAGGGAUGAUGCAGGGACAGCCAGCCCAGCCCUCCUGCAGGAUCCUCCCGCAGCUCCCCCUGCUCUCCCCGCCGGGUUUGCCCUUCCCAGCUCGCCCUCCUGUGCGGGAAUCUCUCUCUUUUCACCUAAAAGCUGCCACCAUGUGGCAAAGCACUCUCAGUACCGU